CGUAUUGUAUUACGUGACAACGAUUUCCUUGUGUUUCUCUGAGGCCGAAUCUUUUUGCUAGGGUUUUGCCUCGUGGAGAUGGCUGACGCCAAAAUUGAAGAGAUAGUUUGUGAAGACAGAAUCAGUGCUUUACCAGAAGAUCUGCUUGUGACAAUACUUUUGCAUGUCCCGAUUAAAGAUGCAAUUUCCACCAUGAUUUUGUCUAAAAGAUGGUGCUUUAUCUGGACGAGUCUGCCUAAACUUGAAUAUGAUUUCUUUUCUGAUAAUGAUGAAGAUGACGAUGAUAAAGUUGUUGAUAGUGAUGAUGAUGAUGAUGAGAGCAAGAUGACUAGUUGGUGUUUUUUUGAUAAGUCAAUGGAACUCCACAAAGCGCCUGUUUUAAAAACUUUGCUUAUCAAACUUGGUCUUGGUCCGGGAUGUUUUAGUGAUACCGAUGUCGAAAAGUGGAUUGCAAAAGCUGUUGAUGGCCGAGUGGUUGUGUUAAAAUUCAAGCUUUCAUGGUCCAACGGUCCAACCAGAUUGCCUAAAAGCCUUUACACAUGUGAAACACUCAAGAAACUAACUCUCUCUCACAAAAUUCUUUUGGAUUUCCCAUCGUCUUCUUUACUCCCAUCCCUCGAGUUUCUUGAACUUCUCUUUGUGGUCUAUAAAGACGAUGCUUCUCUUGAUAGUUUUUUUUCGCAUUGUCCAGUUCUUUAUAUUUUGGUGGUGAAACGAAACAGACGAAACAGGGAUGAUAAUAUAACAAAUUUUAGUGUGAAAAUUCCUUCUUUAGGAGGCUUAUUCUAUGUUAGUGAUGAGAUUAUUUCCUCACUGCCAGAUGAGGAUGAGGUAGUAGAUACCGGUAAGUGUUUAGCUAUUGAUACUCCGGCAUUAUUAGACUUAACCAUCAUUGAUCAUUCUGGAGACUCUUUCUCAAUUGAGGAUAUGCCUUGUCUUGAGUUUGCAUUAAUCAAUGUAAAGUCUUUCCCCAAUAUCGACAAGUGGAAAACAUCUCUUUCAGCAGUCCAGUCUCUUAUGUUGUAUAUGCCUGAUCAAGUGGUUUUGCCCUUUAGCACCGUCAAGUUCUCUCGACUUAUGAAGUUAAGAAUAUGUCCACAUAGAUCAGACUGGUUGGAAGCACUCGUACUUUUACUUAAAAAUGCUCCAAAACUUACAGAACUUUUGGUCGAUUAUGCAUUUACCCCAGAAGGGAUCCCACUUUCAUGGAUCCAACCAAGUUCUAUUCCUGGAUGCUUGUCGUCACAACUCAAAUCUUUUGAGUAUAUAGAAUAUGGAGGAAGAGAAGAAGAGAAAGAAUUUGUGAUGUAUAUCCUAGCUAACUCUAAGCGUUUAAAGAAGGCAAUAAUCUCUGUGAAACCCGAUCUUGAAGAUAAAAAUUUGAUCAUCGAGGAGUUAAGAGAUAUUCCGAAGGUCUCAACUUUUGUUGAAAUGGUAAUUGUGUUGGAUGAUGCUUGAGUAGCCUUUUAAGGAAGCUCAGUUAUUCGAUCCUCGCUUUCCUCUGUUUAGCGAUGGGAUGGAAGUAUUAAGACUUUUGUCCUUUUUCUUUUAGCCAAUUCUGUUUUUUUCGUUCUGAAAAAGUUUUUCUUUUGUAAUCCUCAUGAGCCACUUCCUGAUUUUUGUUUGUUUUAGAAAGCUAUCUUUGUCGUUGCAUGUCAACUUCAGAGAUCAUAUCAAAAUGAAACACAACUUAUGAAAACUGAGAACAUAUCAUACAUACUUGAUCCUCAUCAGCAACAGAUCCAUCGGUAGACCGUAGACCCAAGUGCAAAGAAAGAUGACGCAUAGAUAACCCUCUGAAGCCAAGGCUCAACAAGAGCCGCGGCGUGGAAAACGAUCUCGCAACCGGAGCAAGCUUCCGUUAAAGAACGGUAGUCCGUUACGUCUCCGUAAGCUAGCUCGAAAGCGUCAUUUACUGGAGGAAGUGAAGAUACGUCGCUUGUGCGGCGGACCAAGGCGCGUACGGAGUGGCAGCGACGGAGGAGGGCGUGGCAGAGUCGUGCGCCUAAGUAACCAGAAGAGCCGGUGACCAGUAUUUUCAUUAUUUUACUUUAUUAGCUUGUGUGACAGACAGAGAGAGAGAUUACUGUAGAUUUUUUGCGUAUAUAUGAUUUUCUUUUAAUUA